GAAGAGCAAAGAUGCCAACCCCGAACAUCUCCACCUCUGCAGCCAAAGGUUUCCGCAGGGCGGUGUCGGAGCUGGACUCCAAGCAAGCCGAGGCCAUCAUGUCUCCACGCUUCAUUGGAAGACGUCAAAGCCUCAUUGAAGAUGCCAGGAAGGAAAGAGAGGCUGCAGCUGCAGCCACUGAUGCUGCAGAGUCCACAGAGACCAUUGUAUUUGAGGAGAAGGAUGGGAGAGCCAUGCUGAACCUCUUCUUCAUGCUCAAGGGAGCCAAGACUUCACCGCUGUCCCGUGUCCUUAAGGUUUUUGAGACAUUUGAAGCUAAAAUUCACCACCUGGAGACCAGGCUUAGCCGAAAGCCCCGAGAAGGGAUCGCUGAGCUGGAAUACUUUGUGCGCUGUGAAGUCCACAGCUCUGACCUCAACACUUUCAUUAGCUCCAUCAAGAGGGUAGCAGAAGAUGUGAGGACCACUAAGGAAGACAAAUUUCACUGGUUUCCCAGAAGAAUCUGCGAACUGGACAAGUGCCACCAUUUGGUCACCAAGUUUGACCCUGACUUGGAUCUGGAUCACCCGGGCUACUCUGACCAAGUAUAUCGGCAGAGAAGGAAAUCAAUAGCAGAGAUUGCUUUUCACUAUAAGCAUGGGGACCCGAUCCCUCACGUGGAAUACACGGCGGAGGAGACAGCUACCUGGAAGGAGGUGUACAGCACCCUGAAGAGCUUGUACCCCACCCAUGCCUGCAAGGAGUACCUUGACGCUUUCAGUCUACUGGAGAAAUUCUGUGGCUACAAUGAGAACAACAUCCCUCAGCUGGAGGAGGUGUCCCGCUUCCUGAAAGAGAGGACCGGCUUCCAGCUCCGGCCGGUGGCCGGCCUGCUCUCAGCACGGGACUUCCUGGCCAGCCUGGCCUUCCGCGUCUUCCAGUGCACGCAGUACAUCCGCCACGCGUCCUCGCCCAUGCACUCCCCUGAGCCGGAUUGCUGUCACGAGCUGCUGGGGCAUGUCCCGAUGCUGGCUGACAAGACAUUUGCCCAGUUCUCUCAGGACAUUGGGCUGGCGUCUCUGGGAGCAACUGAUGAAGAAAUUGAGAAACUAGCAACACUUUACUGGUUUACAGUGGAGUUUGGGCUCUGCAGACAGAAUGGAAUAGUCAAAGCCUACGGAGCCGGGCUCCUCUCUUCCUAUGGGGAGCUCAUACACUCCUUGUCAGAUGAACCAGAGGUGCGGGACUUCGACCCUGAUGCUGCAGCUGUUCAGCCCUACCAGGACCAGAACUACCAGCCUGUUUAUUUUGUGUCUGAGAGCUUCACUGAUGCCAAAAAUAAAUUGAGGAGCUACGCGGCGCACAUCAAGCGGCCCUUCUCGGUGAAAUACGAGCCCUACACCCACAGCAUCGAGCUCCUGGACAGCCCCCAGAUGAUCGGCCACUCCCUGGAGAGCGUAAGGGAUGAGCUUCACUCGCUGAUUAACGCCCUCAAUGUUAUCAGUUAAUACAAGAACUGAGCCAUUUCCGUCCCCUCCCAGCCCCCCAGGCGCCCACCCUGCCCUCACCUGGCUCCCAAGGUGAUCAUUCCUCCCUGUCUUCUCCAAACAUCGGCACUGCUGCCUGUCACCACGCGACCCCAACAGCUUCCCACUUUUGUACGUAGGGCCGGCUCGGAGGAGGGCAGCGGGACGCACCCAAGGCCUGCUGGCUUUUUGGGUAGCUUUUCCAUCGACUGCUGCAAGAGGCUUAGCAGAUAGGAAAAAAAAAAAAAAGCAUGGCCAAGCUAAAAAGUUGAAUUCAAGAGCUGUGUGCUAAGCUCCUGGGUGCAAGGAAGAGGAGAAAAAUCUACUGUAUUUAAAAAAGAAAAAGAGAGAAGCAAUAAUUUUUUUUUAAUUGCAAUUUGAGAGAAAAAUUUAAUCUGCCUUUUUUUUUUUAAUCCCCAAAGCAACUCCAUGAGUCUUGUUCUUAGUUAUCCUAAUAUAUCCUAUCACCUGAUGUAGCUCAGGUGUGUGACUAAUGCUACUGCUGGCCAUUUCCAAGGAAGGUAAACAUCUGGUUAGGAUGCUCAAACCCAGUUUCAUGCAGUUUUCAGUGUAGAUAUUAAUGGCUUGAUCUGACCCAAAGCUCUUGGUGUUCCUCCCCCUGCUUUUGCCCUUCUUAUCUUCUUGCAGGCUGUCUCAUAACUUAGCGGUUUGCUCAGAAGUUUGGCCCAAGGUUAUGCAGCUGUGCAGUAUCAGAGCUGGGCUUGGGAUGUGUGGAGGCUGCUAAACAGCUGUGGGGGACAGUGAAGGGGAAUUACACAGAGUUGUUUGCAUGAUCAUUUAUAACGUUUCUGUGUCGACUUUUGCCGUCCUUAUCCACGAUAUAUGAUUUUUAUAAUUUCCUCUUUAAAGAACUGCAAGACUUGGCAGUGAAGUUUUGGCUAUUAACACGGCUAACAUUUUUCUCCAGUGUUACUUCUACUGUGGCUCAGUCAUAAUAGUUUACAAUCCAUUACUCUUUAUUCCAUUUCAGACCUCCACCUAUAUGUGCUUUAAGCCCAGUUCUCUCAAAUUUUAACUCCUUAGCUACUGAUGGCACUUAGUCUCCUGCCUGCUUCAAUCUCUCCUUUCUGUUUCUUUUCUUAUUUGACUCUUCCUCCUAAAUUCCUCCUAAAUUGCUUAAAAGGCCAUUACUGAAAUCAGCAGUUUGACACCAGGGCUAGCUGCUUUUCCUCAAGCUAUUCCUUCUCUUUGGAUUUUUCUGUAAACCGAUAAAACUACUGAGUUAAUUCAGUUAUUGUGAUUUUAGAGCCCUUUUUCCAAAGCUGCAGCUAUGAUUUCCCAAUCUGGGUGGAUCCAGAUCAUGAGCUGUAACUCUCAAGGCUCCCUUAAGAGCUGUAACAAUUUUUCAUUUGGGUUCUUCAGAUAUUACUAUUAGAUUAAGUAGCUGGAGCAAGCUAUGCAAGACUAAGUCAGGCUAGGCCACAGUUUAGUAUCUACCCAUGAAAAUCUUACUGGUGACUUCAGUAAAACAGACUAAAAAAAGAAAAACAAACAAACAAACAAAACCAACCAAACAAAAAAAGGAAACAAACAGGCAAGCUAUAACAAUUUUGUCUGUAUAGUUAAUGCAGGGGUUAUGAUCUAGUUAACAAGAGCAGUGCCACUUUGCUGAUCUUCAGGUUGCUGUUUCUCCUCUCCUUUGGUACUGUCCAGCUGCUGGCUUGCUGCCCAUGAAAGCAGCAGGGAUGCUCCAAACCCUGCAGCAAUGCCAGGCUCCUGAUCAGGACCGGGCAGAGAAUCUCUCUGUGGAGGCAUUUGCUCUCCCGAACCGUAAAGGUCUGAAGGUAAUCAUCUCUAGGUAUCCAAAGCACUUCACAGUCAUUAUCUGCCUUCUUAAAUACCUAAAAUUAAUGCAAUUUGUAAAAAGACCAAACUCGUUAAUAUGGAGUGAUAAGCCAAUUUAGAAAUCCUUGCAACUGCAGGAGACCUCAACUCCUCUGCCUUGCCUUGGAUUUUGCAUUGCUGCUCCCUGACUCUGUCAGCUGCUGCUUUUUUGAGGAGCUGUAGUAAAAUUUGCUGCAAAAUCUGUAAAAUCUGUCCUGCACAAAUAGCAAAUAAGCAAGACUUGCAGCAUAGUCCAGUCCCAUGAGUAUGCAAGCACACAAACAGAUGUGCUGCAGCUGGGGGAAGGUGAGCACCAGGAGGGUUGCACUCCCUUGCUUUUGGGACACGAGGCUGAGCUGGGGCAGGCUCUGAGUGCAGGGGCCACGGCUACCCAGGUGCCAGAGGCCCCUCUUUGAGCCAUUUUCAGUGUCUCUGUUCUUCACAAAUUCGUGACAAAUUCCAGAAUUUUUUAGCCCCUUAUGGAGACAUCUGAAAACAUGAACCUGUUUGUAUUUACUACCACCCUCACCUAUUUAAUAUCUUAGAGGAUUUAUCUUAUUAGUAACUUAAUAGGUCCCCUUCCACUUUGUCUCUAAGCCUUGUUCCCUUUUAUCUGCUUUCAAAUACAUUAUUUGGCUCCUUAUUUCAUAAGCCAUAUAGGAAUUGGAUCAUUGCUCUCUCAUUUUACACAUUUUUCUCAUGUUGCUUCUUCUACCAGAGCAUUGCUUUCUUCUUUAUCUUGCCAUAGUAUUUUAGGCUCUUAGACAUAGAGCCACUAAGAGACAGGCUAUCCAAACAAAAUAUGGUAGAGUUGCAAACCUAUCCCUAAUCUAUCACUGCUUUUAAAGCUACUGAUAGCAAGGCUAACUUUUUAGCCCACAAUUUUGGAUAUUGUCCUACAAUUGUCUUUAGAUUCCUUUUAAUAGUUCAACUCAUUUCUGGGAGAUUGCAGGUGGUAGGCUUUAUACAGUACUUGCUUAAUCCCCAGGCUAGUUAUUAGGACUUGAAUUCCUCACUUAAAACCUCCCCCUUCUCAAGCCUCCACUCUGUUCAUCUUAUCCCGUCUCAGGUGCUGUUCUGCACCUCUGAACGAUUUUCUGUAACAGCAUUGUUACAGUUCCAGCAGCUGUAUUCCUUUUAGGUGGAAGAACCUCAGCCUGCCCAGGAAAGGUAUUUAUUGUGGCAAACAGAUACUGAUUGUGACAUUGGGGUGAUCCCUUGGCAGUAUUUGUCACAGUCUUUAGCUUAGCCAAUGCAGUAGUGUUGGCAGCUUUCUUUUACUAACCCACUUUUGCACACCUUACGCAGUUUUUAUUCAUGUCCUAUGUUUCUUACUUCAUUUGAGGCUGAGUAUAAACUCCUUGCACUCUUUUUAGAGUACCCUACACUUUUUACUGUAGCUCAUUAUGACAAUUACCUUAGACAAUUACUUAGCUCAUAAUGAGCUACAUAAAGAAGUGUAGGAUGCUCUUAUUCAACUGGCCACACUAUUCAUCCCAUCUUUUUUUUAGCUGACACCUGAUUGGGACUGCAGUAAACAAAGUUUGAGUUAAUUUAUCUACUUGCUCACUGAAUUGCUUCUCAGUAUUGCUUGUAGUCUUCACAGUACUUUAACAUCCUUUACAUAUAUUUUAUUCCCUCUCUCCCUCUAAGCUUGUAAAAUAGAACUCCUGUUUUCUUCACAGGUGUCCCAUCAUGUGCUUGCCAUUGCUCUUCUCCCCAUUAUGCAACCAUUAUUUUUUUCUACUACCAGACAGUAGCUGUCUGUAGAGAGAUGUUGGUAGAAGGGUUUGUCAUCUACUCACAGCCUGUAAGUUCCUUGGCAUGAUCCUUUCCUUAAUUUUCCCACUAUUUGUUCCCUCAUUCCACUGAUAGGAGUCUCUUGGGUUAUUUUUCCUCUUUGAUCGAAUGUAGCACUCCCAUGAGUGUGCAAUACCUUUGGUUCAUUCCUGGUUUCUAUUCAAAGGAUAUCCACAUUAAUAUCCAUUUCUUCCCUUUGUGUGUAAGAGCAGAGUAGGAGCAGACUGGGGUACAACUGCACUAUUGAGGGGAAAAGCCUCAAACUCCAUCACAGCCCAGACUGCCUCUAACCAGGUUUUCUCAUGGCCAAGGAAAUUUUGGUCCAGCCACUGGAGAGGACUCAUAUGCUACUGGUAUCCAUUUUCCUCCUCUAUUUCUCUGUAACAGCACUGCUCCCACUGUAUCAGCUCGUGUUGAAAUUCUUGUUAUUAAUAACUUUCCCUUAACUGAGAAUUUGAGUGCAGAAGCUUUUCAAGCAGCUUCUUUCAUGUCAGAUAAAGCACUGUCUUGGUCUUUGCUCCAGCUCCCUCCCUGAUUCUUUUCCUGUCAUUUCCAUAACGCUCUGCUGCUAUUAGCAAAGAUGGAUACACUGCCAUAAGAUACUAGCACUGCUAUAGAUAUGCUGCCAUAAGAAAUUAAAUUCUCCCAGCACUCUUCACAGUUGGGAUUGAUUAGUGGGAGUAUUUAUUUCACAGAAAGCUUAACCUUUCUAUCAUUUUUCCAUCUUCUUGUUUCACCAGUUUCAGAGUCCAGGCAUUUAACUUGAGGUUAUUUUAAUUGUGCCAUAUUCAAGCUGACAUUAAAUACUCUUUGGUCUAUUAAUUUUAAAACUCAGCUGCAUCUCUCUUGUACCUCUUCUUCUGUAGCUGCAAUUCCCCGAAUAUCAUCACAUAAGGCAAUCUCUUUUCUUUGUCCCCCACAAACAUCAUUCAAUCCCUUUGCUCACACGAGCAUGUGCAGCAGGGCAGGUGCUCGGCCCUGUGGGAUGCAAAUAAAGGUAUCUUGUUUGUCUCUUAAUGUGAAAGCAGCUCUGUCAAUUGCUUCUUCCCCUGCAUUUUGCCAUAUGGAAGCUUAGUGUGAAUCGUGGGGGUGCAUUUGUGCCACUACCUCUCCUAAUUCAUCCACUGUCCAAGGAGCCUGACUCAGCCUCAGGGCUGCCAGGGACCCUGGAGAUACCUGCUCUGCUGGGAGUGGUUGCUUGGUACAUGGUAUCAGGUCCUGCUGCUGCUCAUGUCCAUGACAUUCAAGCAGGGCCCCUAUCCGUUUAUUACAGACUCUCCAUCUCCUCGAGCCUAUGGACUGGUCAUGAUUGUGCCAGUUGAUCCUUGUCUUACCAUCCUGCUGGGCAACUUGAUUAAAUGCCCAUAGUGGCAAGAUUAAAGGUUUAUCAAGGAGGUGCCCAAUGUACAAUGGAUAAAAACUGGUGGAGCACACACUCUAAUCAAUUUACCAAUUUACCACUUAAUCCCCAUUUAAUUCUGAAUAUAAGCUGUUUCUCUACUGUUGUGCUUCCUUUCAGUGCCUUCAUAUCUGCAGCUACCUGCCUUGGGGUAAUUUUUUUUUCAUUUUAACAGCUGCAACAGUUUGAUCUGCCAUACUCAUCUACCCUGGGACAGCAUUUGAAGUCUUUGUGGGAUAGACUGCUAUUCUCAACUUCUCUUUCUUUUCCCAUUUGCCCAUGUCAUCCUUGAAAUCAUCUUCCUGUGAUGGCUCCCGAUUCAGUUCUCUACACCACUUUCUGGAACUCCAGCAGUUAUUUUUAAUUUUUGCAUCCCAAUCUGCUUUUGCAAGUGUCUAAUUUUAGCUUUGCAUUUACUAUGAUCAGGUCCCUUUUGAGCUCUCCCUUGCUCCAGGGCGAACCACUGCACUAUAUAUGUUAAUCACCCUCCUUAGUUCUGUAGUUUUUCCUUCUCUUUUUCUAAAUUCAUCUGAUUCUCUAAUUGCCAUCGCACGUCCUUAUUGCCUUUUUGGGCCACUAGAUGGUAUUCCUUUUCUAAAGACAAGCUUAUUUCAAGUCACUGGACAGACCCUUUCAAAACACAAUUUUCCCACUGAAGCAGCUGAUGUUCUGGUGUUGCCUUGGUAUAGAUGAUUGCUGUUUCCCGUAACAGUCCCAUUAAUAGAAGCGGUGAAUCCUUGAGUCUCUUUUCAUCCACUCUCUCAUAUCAGGAAACAUUUGGUCUCUAUCACCCAUCGGCUUCCUGUGGGCUAGAGAGGCGCCCGCAGCCCCUGCUGUAAUCUCUGAUAUUGUUGGGAUUUCCUGCAGCCCUUCAGUAUUCCUGGUUUUAGGCUUUUUCAUGAGUUGUCUUGGAUUUUUCCCAUGCUUUCAGUUUUGUCUUAAGGUACCCCUCAAGCAUUGUGCACAAGACUGGUUACGUUUGUAGAGUUGCUUUGAAUGAGGUCACAGAAUCACAGAAUGGUUUGGGUUCCAACCCCCUACCAUGGGCAGGGAGCCUUCCGCUAGACCAGGUUACUCAGAGCUCCAUGCUGCUUGGCCUCAAGAUCACUCAGAGAAAAAGACUCUGAGGAUCUACCCAGUCACACCCUUCACCAAAAGAUGUUAUGAAUUCCCUUUUCCUGACCGUGGAGCGGAUUAGUAGGAUUGUGUGGCUGCUUAGAGCAAAGCACGAGCUCAUGUCCUUUGGGUGUGUCAUGGGAUCCUUCACACCGUUCCCCCGGGCCUCACCAAACGUGACUGCAAGCUCUAUAGAAAGUGACUGGGGAAAACCAAAGUGAUCGGUCAGCCCAGGUUAAACCCUCCCCUGGAAGGAGCAUGGGCUGGCAAGGGAGGAAGAAGGGGGAAAAGCCUUCCUCAGAGCCAGGCCCCACCACCCCUCUGGUGUGUGCCUGUCUCAGUGCCUCGCUGAGCGGUCUCACUGUUGUUGCUGCUGCUGCUGCUGUGGGUGGAUCUGUCUGUCUGUCUCUCUGUGUAAAGAAAUAUGAAACAGAAUUA